UCGACUGCUGCCUUUCAAUUUGCAGCACGACGCGACGACCAAAAGUCCCAUCACCCCCUCCGCGACCAACUCGUCCCGCUGGGAAUCGUCAUCGCGCGCACGCGCACCUCUUUUUGAUUUCAUUCAAUUCUUGACCUUCUUUUCCAGCCGUACUAUGCUCGCCGCUUGUCAACAUGACUGACAAGCUCCCACCCAACCUGCUUGCGCUGUUCGCGCCGCGCCCGCCCCUGCGAUGGGUUCCGCCCCCCGACCAUGCGCCUGAGCAACGACGAACGGCUCCCGUCUCCGGCAUCGCUGCCUUCCUCCCCGCGCUCGCCGAGUACAAAGACCAGGAUGGCUACGUUCCCACGGAGAGCUGGCUGCAGAUGAAAGAUCGCAAGAAGCAGGAGCACAAGGCCAAGCUCGAACGGCUCGCGGCCGAAGGCCCUGUUGAUUACAAGCCGAAUGAAGACCCCAACAUUCGCGGCGACGCCUUCAAGACUCUCAUUGUCGCAAGGCUGUCCUACGAGGCGAACGAACAAGACCUCGAGCGAGAGUUUGGUCGUUUCGGCAAUAUUGAGCGUAUUCGCAUCAUCACUGACACGCACGCCCAUGAAAAAUCCAAGAAUAAGAAGAAGAAGCCCCAUCGAGGAUAUGCUUUCGUCGUUUUCGAGCGCGAAAGAGAUAUGAGAGCUGCUCUAGAUUCCUGCGAUGGAAUUCGAAUCAAAGAUCGACGUAUCAAGGUAGACGUCGAACGCGGCCGCACAGUCAAGGGUUGGAAGCCUCGCCGCUUCGGCGGUGGCCUCGGCGGCCGAGGCUACACGAAGGCCCUCCCUGCUAGGCCAUGGGCGGGCCAGGUGGCUUCGGUGGAGGAGGCUUCAGGGGCGGAUUCCGAGGUGGCUUUGACGGCGGUCGCGGUCGUGGAGGAUUUCCGCGGCGGCUUUGGCGGCCGUGGCGGUGGGUUCCGUGGUGGAGGUGACUUUGGUGGCGGCCGUGAUCGCGGUGGUCCAGGCGGUCCCGGCGGUCCAAAUGGUUUCCCCCGUGAUGCGCCCCAAGGCCCUGGCCGUGGCGGCUUCGGAGACCGUGAUCGCGGUUUCUCCAAUGGUGGUGGGUUCGACCGCGGCAGCGGUCGCUCGUUCGAUGACCGAUCUGGCGGUGGCCCGCGUGAUCGUUAUGGUGACCGGGACCGCGACAACCGACGCACAGGCAGCAACAUGGAGCCUGUUCGGCCCAGAGGUGAGGGCGGCUACCGUGACCGCGACAACAGAGACAGUAGGGACAACAGGGACAGCAGGGACAGCAGGGACAACAGGGACAGCAGGGACGGCAGAGACAACCGGGACCGAGACUACGACCGCCCGCGCGACGACGACAACAGGAAACGCGGAUACGACGGCGGUGGCUACGAGGACCCACGCAAGCUUCGUCGCUACUAAUCAGACACGUGCGGCCUCUAUGGAUGUCGCGAUCCUGCGGUGGGUGCCAGCUCUUCGCCUGCUCACUUCUGUAACCAGAACAGUGAAUCCACUCACCCGCAACGACAUACGCUUGAGCACCACUGCUCGUCGCCGUCAUACACUCUCCUCCUGUUGCCCUUGCUGCAUCAAGGACUACGCUCAUAUCACGGUCCUGCGCCGGCGUCGUUCGUUAGGGAGGUAUCAUUUCCGUCUGUAUUUACUAGGUACACUUGAUCACGAGGUAGUCACCGAGGACUACCAACGAUUAUCGCUCAGUGCUCGGCCCGCAGCAGGUAAGAUCAGAGGUAAGGGUCUUCGUGCCUACUGAUCUGGAGUUUCAGGGAAGGAGACGAGGAGGGGUAACCACAGAAAAGUCAUCGAUGCAGAGCCUCGACACGGCCUAAUUUUGUUUUGUACGAGUAGUGAACCUCAAUUCAGCCGACACGGCUUCUUGAGC